CGUUACUCUCGGGCCGAGUUACUGAAAGAAAACACUUCAGAUCAUCAGAUAUCUCACACUUUCUGCAGAGAAUUGUACAACCUGACAACUUAAUAUCAGAAGAAAUACUAUCUUAUCUAUUUAAUCCCACUAUCCACUGACAUGCCAGUAUUAGUUCUAGGUCUUGUGCUUCCUUGGGUCGCCAAAACUGCUGGUCAUCUCAUCAGCUCUGCACUGGGACUUAAUCAACCCAGUACACUCAGAGUUAACCCAGCAGAACCUGUGAUCCAUGAAUCACCUCUUGUACCACCACCAGUCCAGAAAAACUUCAUCCAUCGAUUCAUCGUCUAUACCCGCUUAUUCCCCUUAUACAGGGUCGGGGUCCAGACAAACUUCAAGGAUAUAACCUGCAGUAACUCCAUGUUGCUGAAAAAGUACCGCCACAAAAUAAUGUUGGACUGUCUGCUUAAUGAAACACAGCAAACUCAACAAGAGCAGGCUGGCCCCUCUUUACUCAUUUGCCCUGUGGUACCACCACAAGUCCAGAAAAACUUCAUCCAACGAUUCAUCGUCCAUACCCGCUUGUUCCCCUUAUUCAGGGUCGGGGUCCAGACAAACUUCAAGGACAUAACCUGCAGUAACUCCAGAUUGCUGUAUCUGAAAAAUUACCACCACUCCAUAAUGUUGGACAGUCCAUGUAAUGAAACAGAGCAAACUCAACAAGAGCAGGCUGGCCCCUCUGCACGCACUGUAGUAACACCACAAGUCCAGACAGACUUCGAGGACCAAAACUGCAGUAUUCCCAGGUGGCUGUAUCAGAAAAAUGGCCGCUACUCCACCGGCUUGGACUGUCAGGGUAGUGAAACAGAGCAAAAGAAACAACUUAAUCAACCCAGUACACCCAGGGUUAACCCAGCAGAACCUGUGAUCCAUGAAUCACCUCUUGUACCACCACCAGUCCAGAAAAACUUCAUCCAUCGAUCCAUCGUCCAUACCUGCUUAU